GUACUAUCGCACCAUACAGGUUGUAUAGCUCCACUUGGUAUGGAAAAUAGAGAAAUAAAAGAUGCCCAGAUCAGUGCAUCUUCGAUGUCUGAUGACAAUAGCUCUCCAAGCAAGGCCAGGCUACACCUCAAAGAAGAUCCAAACUUACCUGGAGGGGGUGGGUGGAGUGCCCUUAAAACCGAUCUCCCCCAGUGGUUACAGGUGGACCUUGGAAGUUACAACACAGUAACACGUGUAGCGACUCAGGGGAGGACUGGGUCCAAUGAGUGGGUGACCAAAUACAAGUUACAGUACAGUGAUGAUGGAAUGAACUUCCAGUUUUACAAAGAACAUGGAGACAAGUCAGCUAAGGUAUCUUCACACACGUAUAUGUAAAAUACUUGAAAGGCAACCAGAUGUUUUUAAAUCAGUUCUCAUUUGCAACAAGCUAGGCUACUUCAAUCGUCCAAUAUGUUUUGAUUAGACCCUGUGUGAAGUCAUAACCUGUUUUCUAUGGCAGCAUAGCUGGCAAAGAAUGACUAAAUUGUGAACAAUUUUUCAGGACUAGGUCAAACAUAUUUAACCAAGCAUUGAAGUGAGAGACUUGUUGGACGCUUAUUUGUUCUUAGGGUUAAGGUUUAUGGUUACACUGUUUAAUUGCUUAUUACAUGUUUUCACUGGAAACGACGACAGUGAUACUGUUGUGUAUAAUGCACUGAGUCCACCAGUCACUAAAACGUUUGUUCGUGUAUUGCCUAUGGCUUGGAACAGUCGUAUAUCUAUGAGGAUAGAGCUGUAUGGUUGUCCAGGUAAUUUGAGUAAGUUAAGGAGGAGCGGUUGUUAUAAAUGGGUCAUUUCCACAUAUCUCAUAUUAAAACGUUUUCUCCUCUCGUCAGGAUGGUCAUGUUUGUAUUCCAAAACAAUCAAACCGCGGCCAUUUUGCUUUCCAUGCUAGUCUUUUGGGUGCUGAACUUUUCUGUAAACCCUUUUUUCGAUAAAUAUCCAAAGAGACCACACGCAUCCCAAGCUCACGUUACGAUUGUGUCAUGUAAAUAAACUUUCUCACAAGAUAAUCGGUGUCGUGCUACAAGCAACCGUUGAGACCUUGUAUGAGAAAUAAAAUACUGAGGUCUGCGAACGCUAAAUGUCAUUAUUCUGACUUAUUUUUCUAUAAAAUAAAUAAAGGAGACUUAUCUUUGAUGUAUUCCUAACAUUUCUGGCGUGAAUUCAUCGAUUAGUUGUUUUUUUUAGCUGUUGUCACAGUUGUCACUGUUGUUACUAUUGUCGCCGUUGUCGCUGUUGUCAACGUUGUCACUGUUCUCACUGUUGUCGCCGUUCUCACUGUUGUCACUGUUGUCUCUGUUGUCAUUGUUGUCGCUGUUGUCUCUGUUGUCACUGUUGUGCCUGUUUUUAAAGUUGUCACUGCUGUUGCUGUUGCCACUGUUGUCUCUGUUGCUGCUUUUGUCGCUCUUCUCACUGUUGUCCCUGUAGUUCAGUGUUGUCUCUGUUGUCACUGUUGUCUCUGCUGUUGCUGUUGUCACUGUUGUUACUGUUUUCACUGUAGUCGCGGUUGUCACUGUGUCUUUGUUGUCUCUGUUUUCGCUGUUGUUGCUAUCGUCGCUGUUGUCACUGUUGUCUCUAUGGUCACUGUUUUCGCUGUUGUUACUGUUGUCGCUGUUGUUGCUGUUGCCGCUGUUGCAACUGUCGUCGCUGUCGUCACUAUUGUUGCUGUUGUCUCUGUUGUCAAUGUUGUCGUUGUUGUCGCCAUUUUCACUGUUGUCACUGUGGUCGCCACUGUUCUCGCUGUUGUCGCUGUUGUCACUUGUCUUUGUUGUCGUUGUUGUGACGGUUGUCGCUGUUGUCUCUGUUGUCCCUACUGUCACUGUUGCCACUAUUAUCGUUUUUUAACGGUUGUCACUUUGUCGCUAUUCUCGCCUGUUGUCACGAUUGUCUCUGUUGUCACUGUUGUCAUUGUUGUCGCUGUUGUCUCUGUUGUCACUGUUGUCCCUGUUUUUAAAGUUGUCACUGCUGUUGCUGUUGCCACUGUUGUCUCUGUUGCUGCUGUUGUCGCUGUUCUCACUGUUGUCCCUGUUGUUCAGUGUUGUCUCUGUUGUCACUGUUGUCGCUGUUGUCUCUGCUGUCGCUGUUGUAACUGUUGUCUCUUGUCACUGUUGUCAAUGUUGUCACUGGUGUAACUGAAGUCGCAGUUGUCACUGUUGUCUUUGUUGUCUCUGUUUUUACUGUUGUUGCUGUUGUUUGCUGUUGUCACUGUUGUCAUUGUUUUCGCUGUUGUCACUGUUGUCCCGGUUGUCACUGUUGUUGCUGUUGCCGCUGUUGUCACUGUUGUCGCUGUGGUCACUAUUGUUGCUGUUGUCUCUGUUGUCGCUGUUGUCGCCAUUUUCACUGUUGUCACUGUGGUCGCUAUUUUUUUCGCUGUUGUCACUUGAAAAUCCUUUAAAGUGACGCACAAUGAAACUUUGAAAAUCCGACCAAGUUCAUUGAAAUUGCUCUACAAAUUAUAUUCAGAUAUAUACGUUUUGGAAGUCCUCAGUUCUUGGCAUUUUUAAAUCAUCCUAGGAUGCGUCAGUGCCCUUGGCGUAGGAAAUGGUGAAAUCCCAGAUGCUCAUAUUACCGCGUCUUCACAGCUGAAUGACAACAAUGGAGCAGCACUUGCCAGAUUACGCUUAAAAAAAGCUGGUCCCAAGCAAGGAGGGUGGUCUGCUCUUAACAAUGACUUAGGCCAAUGGAUUAAGGUGGAUCUUGGUGGUUCCACCACAGUCACUAGGGUAGCGACGCAAGGAAAGAAUGCAGGUGAUGCGUGGGUGGUCAAGUACCGACUGCAGUACAGUGAAGUCCUUGGAAUAACCUUUACUUUUGUCAACAAGUCAGUCAACAGUUCACCAAAAGUAUGUUUGUUUGAUUACAUGGUGCGUUUCUUCUACUUGCUCUGAAAUCGUGAAAAAGCAUUGCAACCGCGGAGAAUACUCCGUCCGGGAGUGACGCUGGGGCGAAAGAGUCAUAUGUUGAAAAAUCUUCAAGUAAUUUAACCCUUUACGCCCUAAGAUUGAUCAGCAUCAAAUUUCUUCUUGUAAUAUCAAUGCUUUGUAAAACACAGUGAUCAUGAGAAUUACGGACAUGAUCACACAAGAAGAAUUUGCUUGAUAUUUUAUCAACUCCUCCCCACUACUUCUGUAGGAAAUGAAUAGGGACAACAAACGAGAAUUCAAAUUUUGAUCUUAGGGUUUAAAGGGUUUAAAUGGCAUCUUGAGCGAUGUCGUUCUAUGUGGUUCGGGUGCAGGUAAAUCAUUAGUUUGCUUUUCCUCCUACUCGAAACGCAAUUAUUUUGUAUUUCUUCAUUAAAGAAGUCGAAGGGAGGUUUAUACUUGUUUAUACUUAUAUUAUCUUCAACCUUUUUCGACGGCCCUUUUGAAACUUACCCUGAAUCCCUUAAAAUGUCUGCUAAACAGGAAUAAAGCAACUGUUCUCUUUCAUCUUUGUUCUAAAGGUAUUUUACGCAAAUCACGACAGUGACACCGUGGUGCAUAACGUGUUAGUCCCACCAAUCACAGCAUGUCUAAUCCGUAUCUUACCAGUGGAGUGGCACAAUCAGAUAUCAAUGAGACUGGAGAUAUAUGGAUGUCCAGGUUAG